AUGAGAGUAGACAUACUUGGAGAAAGAGACAAGUCCGAGGACUCUCUUCUGUCGAUAGUCUACACAGGAAGCACAAAGGGCAUAUACUCGCUCAGCAUAAACAGCAAUCCAUUGCCAAAAGUAGAAGUAGAGCCAGCAGAAGACCUAUCUGCCCUCCAAAGUGAUCUGGAGACAGUUUUAACGGAAAUAAUAAAACCGCACGACAGAUUCUCGUACAAACUCCAAAUAAACCUGCUCCAAAAAGAAGCCAGCACAAUCGAGCUAUUCACAGAUGCCAUCACAGCCAUAUCCAUUUUAAUUAGCAAGCUACAAAUAGAAGCAAAAGACACACCUGUUGCGUACACAAAAGAGUACCCGAAUGGGACAAUGUGUAUUUGCAAAGGAUACUUCCGAAAUACCGUUAUUUUUGCAAAAAUAAAUGGAGCACUCUCAGAAACAGAUGUAGCACAUGCUAUGGAGCAUAUUCCCAGCACUAGGAUAGAAGAACUAGUAUCAUUACUAAGCAAAUAG